AUGACCCUGGGACAAGCCGGUAACCCCUGGCCCCACCUCGCCUUCAGUCCGAGCCCGUUUCUGACGCAGUGUGACCUUGCUCAUCCCUUCCAGGUUCUGGGCCUGUUUCCCCUUUCAAGGCGAGGCUCCUGGCUGUCCCGAGGACGCUUCAUGGGGCGCGGCCGGCUGGUGACUGAUUGGAGCCCUCCUCAGACGUUCAGCAAGGACGUCUACCUGUCCACCAUCGUGACCGAGUGGGAUCUGGUGUGUCAGGAUGACUGGAGGACGCCCCUCACCACCUCUCUGUUCUUCGUGGGCGUGCUCCUUGGUUCUUUCGUAUCCGGGCAGCUGUCAGACAGGUUUGGGAGGAAGAGCAUUCUCUUCACUACCAUGGCUGUGCAGACUGGCUUCAGCUUCCUGCAGAUUUUCUCCAUCAACUGGGAGAUGUUCACUGCAUUAUUUGUCAUCGUGGGCAUGGGCCAGAUCUCCAACUAUGUGGUAGCCUUCAUCCUAGGAACAGAAAUUCUUGGCAAGUCAGUUCGUAUUCUAUUCUCUACGUUAGGAGUGUGCACAUUUUUUGCAGUUGGCUAUAUGCUACUGCCACUGUUGGCUUACUUCAUCAGAGACUGGAGGAUGCUGCUGCUGGCGCUGACGGUGCCGGGGGUGCUGUGUGUCCCACUGUGGUGGUUUAUUCCUGAAUCUCCCCGGUGGCUGAUAUCCCAGAGAAGAUUCAGAGAGGCUGAAGAUAUCAUCCAAAAAGCUGCAAAAAUGAACAACAUAGCUGUACCAGCAGUGAUAUUUGAUCCUGUAGAACUACAGGAGCUAAACAGCCUGAAGCAGCAGAAAGUUUUCAUUCUGGACCUGUUCAGGACUCAGAAUAUUGCCACAAUAACCAUUAUGUCUUUGCUCCUAUG